AUGAAUCUCGGGAUUGUGUCGGUGGCUCAUGUCCAGUACCAACGGUACGAUCUACGACAAUGCCCACGACAACGAAAUCUCCGCAGGAAAUUCAUGACCCUCAUCGUGAACUCCGGCCGCUCAAGCUUCACAUGGCCAUCUCUCAGUCAUGAUCUUCAACGUCAGGUAUCGAAACAU